AUGGCCAACAACAGAGCAGCAAAAUCUGGAUUAGCUGCGGAGGCACAAAGAAAGAUCAACAGCAAAUACAGCGAAGAGCUGGCAGAAGAAUGUCUUUUGUGGAUCAGACAGAUCACCGGGGAGCCAGAAAAUACUUCUGGUGACAUGGACAACUUCUUCGAAGUGCUGAAAGACGGGACUCUCUUGUGCAAACUGGUGAACACAAUCAAACCGGGCAUGGUGAAGAAGGUAAACAGCUCUAAGAUGGCGUUCAAGUGCAUGGAGAACAUCAACGCGUUCCUGGAGGCGGCGCGCGAGCUGGGCGUGCCCGCCCAGGAGACCUUCCAGACGGUAGACCUGUGGGAGAGGCAGAACCUCAACUCCGUCGUGAUCUGCCUGCAAUCGCUCGGCAGAAAGGCGCACAACUACGGGAAGCCGUCAAUAGGCCCUAAGGAGGCCGAGAAGAACGUGCGCAACUUCACCGAGGAGCAGCUGAGGGCGGGCCAAGGCGUCAUCUCCCUGCAGUACGGCUCCAACAAAGGGGCCAACCAGAGCGGCAUCAACUUCGGCAACACGCGACACAUG